UACGUGAAGAGUUCGUCACAAAAGAGGACUUUCUUUCUCAAGAAAAGCGCGCAUACGUUUUGUAUUUGCUGUCAUAUAUACUGCCUUUAUCCCAACUUGUCCUACAAAUCCGCUAGACAUUUACCCUGCCCAACUACUCAGUUUUCGUACUCAACACACAAUGACUCUCUUGGCUGUCAUCGGCAAGGUGACGCAGCAGUCGACCAUCUCCCUUGCCCUGGCCCUUUCCGCCGUGCUCACCUACAGCUUCUACCGAUCCUGGCUCUACCCUUACUAUCUUGAUCCGCUCGCCCGGCUCCAAGGUCCGAGCCCAUCCAAGGUCCCAUUCAUCGGAAACAUGCUCGCGCUAACGAAAAAGAAACCCAUGAUGACCCUGUACGACUGGGCAAUGGAAUAUCCUGAUUCGAUUUACCGAUACUACUGGUUUACUCGAUUAACCCUUAUGACCUCAGACCCCGUAACAGUCGGCUACGUCCUUGGGAAGGCCAACGACAACUGGCUCAAGAGCAAGGGGACUGAAGACAUGUUUGAGCAGAAUCUUGGGCACUCGCUUCUGUCCAUGAAAGGCCAGGAGCACAUAGCCCACCGCAAGUACCUUGGAACGGGAUUCAAGCACAUGUACCUGAAAUCGAUGGCGAUGGCCUUUCAACGAGUCGCCAAUGAUCUCAUCCAAGUAUGGAGGGGUAGAGUGCCAACGGAGAACCAAAAGGACAUAAGCAGCAAGGAGACACAUUGGGAGCACGAUGGAAAAGUUUAUACGACCAUUGAUCUUGAACCAUCAUUCUACUGUCUGACGCUGGAUUCGAUCGGCCAAUUUGCGCUUGGCCGAGGCUUCGAUGCCAUCCAGCAACCGAUCGGCCCUGACUUUGACAACUACAGGAUUAUUGUCGAGUCCUUCAAAGUGACGCUGCUUACCCUGUUUCCGUUUUCGAACUGGAUCCCAACAAGGACCAACAGACGAGCAUGGAAUGCCGUGCGUGAUUUCAAAAAGUCAAUGACAAAGAUUGUUCAGGAUCGGAAGCAGGAGUUGCUCAACGAAAUUCAAGCCAACGGUGGGAAUUUUUCGCAGGAGGAAGGCGCGUCCAGUCAGAAGAAAGACAUGUUGACGAUGUUACUAGUGGAUCAGUUGACGGGCGAGGGCUGCUCGGACUCGCAGAUUCAAGACGAUGUCUUCACUGCCAUCUUUGCUGGUCAUGAAACUACUUCGGCUGCUCUCUCAUGGGCAUUCUACCAGCUUGCGUGUCAUCCCGGGAUCCAGCAGCGCCUUAGAGAAGAAACCCGGCAGCUGUACAGCAAUACAAAUGGCGAUCCUUCCUAUGACGAUUUGAACUCCUUGCCCUAUCUGAAUGCUGUUGUUCGUGAAAGUCUUCGGAUCUGGUCACCCGUCCCUCUGAACCUUCGCGUGUCUGUCGAGGAUGAUUAUCUCCCACGCAGUAAUGGCCUUGAGCCCUUGUUUGUCCCUGCUGGCACGAAUCUUCAGAUUCCUAUGUUCAUCCUGCAGCGAGACCCCAAGAUCUGGGGCCCUGACUCUUUGGAAUUUAAUCCGGAUCGCUGGAUCUCUGAUACGCCAUGUCCCCCCUACAUGCCACCGCACGGCCUGUGCUACUUUCCAUUCUACCAUGGCAAGCGCGGCUGUAUCGGCAACAAGGUCGCCACGCUGGAGAUGAAGACACAUAUUGCGAAUCUUAUCAACACGUUUGAGUUUAUUCAGACACCAGAGAUGAGGGCCAAUAACAGCGAGAUCGACUGGCGUUGGUCGGUUAGCUUGAAGCCUUCGCCUGGAGUUCACCUGGGCAUCAGGUUAGCAGACUGAACCAUGCGCAAGUAUGGAUCUAAGUAAUGUAGAUGAAAUAUGUUCGAGAUAACAGAGGAGUGAAUAAACAUGUAUUGCGUAACCCG